AAUUAACAAACCCCGGAAAUGACAGCAAGGCAGCAGUGAGAGUGGGUGCCAGUCAACCCAUAGGUGGUGCUUCAGCAUUCAGCAACUUUUAACACCUCACAGAAUCAUAAAAGUAGACAACAAAGGCUUGUGCGAAACUUUACUUUCCAGUUUGCAGUGAAGGAAUAGAUUAAGAAAAUUCUAAAUUAUCAAACACUAUGCACAAAAGCAGCAAAAAGAACAUGCUGUCCAAAAGCUGGCUACUUGCAGUUUAUUUUCUGUGCAAUGUCCUCUUGGUCAUUGAUGUUAAUGUUUCUGCCGCUACUGAUUCGAAUGGCAGUGGCAUUCCAACUGUAGGUCUUCAAACAGCUAUGAAGAAUGGUUCCCUGGAUCAAGGGCUCAAUGUGUCAUCAGCACCUACGUUCAAUCAGAGCACAAGUACCUUGGCCUCUGGGACAACAGAUGCCAUGUCAACCCCUAAGCCUAAUAGUUCACAGACAUCUGUGACACCAACAGCUUUUGUUCAAACAACAUUGUCCAAUAUUUCAAGUCACGGUAUAAAUGAGUCAACAGCAACUCCAACAGUUCAUUCGACAGCUGGAAAGACCCAAACUACUGAGAUAGUAACACUGGUACCAAAGUCCACGCAGAUGGAAUUCACAACAACAGGCAGAAGGUCAAGUAGCACAGGUUCCACUCAGCCUGCCACUGGCUCACUGUAUACGAUCAUUACCACCACCGCUUCAGGCUCAGGUUUACCUCUGCAAAAGGAAGAAGUAAUUCUGACUAUCUGCUUGAGCACCAUUCUCGCUGUGGUCAUUUUAACGAUUGUGAUGUAUAAUGUCAACAAGUGCAAACGAAGGAAAGCACAGUACUCACACCAUCCUCUCUACGCCAGCUCGCAUGAGGAGCCAGGUUUUCCAAAUGACACCUUAGUGAUAUCAGGAGGACUAUAUGAUGAAUCACGUGUUUAUAAUCCCAACAUGACUGUUCUUGAAGAAGAUGAUGACCUUCAUGUUGAUUACCCUGCAUUUACCUCCAAGUAUAGCCAAUUCAAGCUGGAAUUUUUACCGGAGGAAAGAGAUGUUUCAGGUCAAGGAGCCUCAUUUACCACAUUCCAACCGGAAACAUAAUACCAUUACAACCAUUGUGUUAACUUUACCCUCUAUCCUGUAUUUCUUUUAGUUCCUUGAAUUAGAUGAACAAAAGGUAGCUUUUUGUAUUUUGUGUCCCUGCAGUUAUAGUAAGAACUUUUGGAACAAGUAAAACUAGUGUUCUAUGUGUUCUGAUCAGUUAUGUGUUUGUGAAACAGGUGUCCCGUCCCCCCCAACCCCUUCACAAAGGUAGAACGUUCCUAUGAAACCUUUCUCAAGCCGAAAUGGCGUAAAGCAAAGAACCAUUAAUUUAUAUGGGAAAAGUGUUCAUAAAAGCGAAAAUCCUUUGUAAUGCAAAAACAGGUUACUAAUGUGGGUCUUUUGUAAAAGCGAAAUGGCGUAAAGUGAACAUUCGUAAAGCGAGGAACACCUUUAUUAUGAAAGUAAACUCUGAAAAACGUGUGACUGUUUGUAUAAACAUGCCCAUUUUGUAAAUAAUAUGAAUUUUCGUAUUCAGAAGUAUUUGUGUUUGAUGUACAUAUGUGUAAUUUUGUUAUAAUCUUUGUUGCCUUGGGCAUAAUCAUUCAAUCUUUGACUUCCCUGGAUUUUGAAGGGUGAGGUGACCCUUUCCACCUUUCACUCUAAAUUUAAUGAUGAGCAUAAUCAUGUGUAGACCCUCCUUAAUCAUUCUGAAGUAUCAAAAUACUCAUUUCCUUGAAAUUCAAUCAAUAUAUCUCAAACCCAAUUGUAAUUUAAAUAGUUUUCAUUGAUUAUGUUGAAUUGCCUUGAAACAUGUCUAAUCAGUGAGAUUCUUUCAGCUGUAUGCUUGUGCAUUUGUAUUUGGUUACUGGUCAGAAUGCAAAAUUGCCACUUAGUUGCUUAAAACCUCUGUCGGUGGCAGUAUGCUUCCUGUCCUAUUUAGAUAGCUUUGGUUUAUCGGGAAUGCCAGAGGAGCUUCAUUUAGGGACAGACACCACUUGCACAGAAAACAUGGUAAUAAUUCUGUCCUGUAAAAGUAAAUGAUCUGAAAAUAAUGAUUAAUUUAUUUUGAAACUCUAAGCAAAUGUAUCAUCAUUAUGAGUUCAAGUUAGUUGUAUUUCUGGUGUGCUUUAGUAUGGAUUUAAUGUGCACACAACCAUGAUAAUAAUUAUAACAGGUUCCACUGGUGCCAGGUAAUGAAGUUAUUAUGAAAUAAAUAAAUGCUUUUAAAGGA